UAUUAUGUCUGUGACAGAUGUUGAAUGAUCUGAUCAGUAGCUAAGUGAAGAAGUCGUUUUUUGACUGUAGAACAGUAACACCUUGGUUUACAGCAAGAUGAUAUAGUAUUUGUUUGUUUUGGAGAGCGGGAAGGAGAGAGAAAGAGGGAGUAGAGUAGAGAGCGAAAGAGAGGGAAUGAGAGGGUGUGUUUGAGAGGUAAGGGUGACAGAAAGAAACUUGACUGUGAGAGUCAGAGAGGGAGAAAGAAAGAGAGAGUGAGUGAGAGAGGAGGAAGUCUAACUGAAACUGAAUAAUGUCAGCUGUUGGGUAAGUGAGACUGAAGAAGAAAAAUAGGUAAUAGAGAAAAGGUGUGAGAGAGAGAGAGGCAGGGUCAGGGUGUCAGGGCAGGGUCAGGGUGCCAGUGGGAUGGAGAGACCCUCCUGUCUCUCACGGAGCAGCAAGAUGAACAGCUACAUCACCAAUGCCCUCUCUGACUUCUUCUUCAAGUAUGAGACCCCCCGCCAGGUGCUGGUGCGGAACAGGAGAGUGGGGGUCGUGUGCCGAUUGAUUCAGCUGGGGGUCCUGGCUUACAUCAUCGGUUGGGUGUUUAUCUAUGAGAAAGGCUACCAGUCGACAGACACGGCCGUGAGUUCUGUCUUUACUAAAAUGAAAGGGGUGGGCUACACCAACGUGGAUGGAGAGGAGAGGGUCUGGGACAUGGUCGACUACGUCUUCCCUGAACAGGGAGACUCAUCUUUUGUGGUGAUGACCAACUACAUUAUAACCAAAGGUCAGAAGAUGGGAAAAUGUCCUGAGCUCACAGAACCCAGGUAUCUCUGCAACUCCGACUCAGACUGUGAAAGAGGGAUAAUAGAACGUACGGGACAUGGACAUAUGACGGGGAAGUGUGUGGGGAACACAACCAAGACGUGUGAGGUUGUAGCCUGGUGCCCUGUGGAAGAUGACCACACAAUCCCAGAUCCCGCACUUUUGAUGUCGGCAGAGAACUACACACUGUUCAUCAAAAACUCUGUCACUUUUCCAGCAUAUGGUGUUAAGAGGAGUAACCUUGUAGAAGGUAUCGACAAUCAGUACAUCAAGAGUUGUGUGUAUGACCCGACAACGUCCCCACUGUGUCCCAUUUUCAGACUGGGUGACUUGGUACAGCUGUCUGGCUUCAACUUCGCCACCAUAGCCAAAGUGGGCGGGGCGAUUGGUAUCGUCAUUGACUGGACCUGUAACCUGGACUAUGACCAGUCAGAGUGUAAACCGGUCUACACCUUCCACGGUCUCUAUGGAAAUCCCAAUGAGACAGACAUGGCUAGAGCGUCUGUUGGAUACAACUUCCGGUAUGCAAAGCAUUAUAUGGAGGACAAACAGGAAAAAAGAACACUUCUGAAAGUGUUUGGGAUUCGAUUUGACAUCAUUGUUCGUUCAGUGGCCAGAAAAUUUGAUAUCAUCCCAACACUAACAGCUAUAGGGUCUGGCGUUGGAAUCUUUGGAGUGGCGACUGUAGUAUGCGAUCUGAUCCUUCUGUAUCUACUACCAAAGAGGGAGUUCUACAACAACAUGAAAUUCAAGGUCACAGAAACAGUAGAGCAGUGCGACAACCUGAGGCUGGGUAUAAACACGUUCAUCUAUUACAUCCCCGACGUCUAUGCAGGACCACAAGUCUCAGCCAAUAUAAUCCUACAACAUAAAGAACCUUUAGAUGAGUUCUCGUCAGAAAAAUACGUAUCCAAGGAGUGAUCCUAAAAAGGGCAGAUUCAUGACUCUUGGGCUCCAGACAGCAGAAACAGGUGGAUCCGGCUCCAACUCUGGAGAACACAGACUCCAGGCUGUACAGGCCAUGCAAAGGACACUUGGACAGGAAAAUACAGUCUCAAACAACAUUCUUCUCUCUUCAGCUCAAUUAUUCAACUGCUAAUUAUUUAUACCUUCAAAUCUUGGCAACAGACCUCAAAUGAUGCUAUCUGUUUAGGAGAUAAACCCAAGAUAAAUACAGGAUAUUAUUCUUUCAGAGACAGAAGCAGCCGCCCUCCUUUGUUCACCUCAUAAUAAGAAUAAGAAUACCCUAACCCUAAAAGCACUGUUCUCUCAACAUUGCAGAAUUAGCACUGAGUAUUAGUUGAGUGUUGGUUCAUUACCUCAAAGCUCCAUGGUUUAUAACACAUUUUUAGCAGCCCUUCUACUUUAUGGGAGAACCACGGAUUUCCAACUUGAUAUGACCAUUAUAACACAGUUCCAUAACAUGUUUAUAACACGGUUAUAACAGCCCACCACCCAUUUCCAACCUCUUCCAUCGCCACAGAGCCCUCAAUGUUGUCUUCGAGAGACAACACUAGAAUGACUACUGGUGGGUUACUCCACAUUGAAAGACACAUAAAUAAUUAUGUAUUUUAGGUUAAAUCUUUCUCAUUUACAGUUUGCGAUUGCCAUGUGAAUUCAAUAAACCAUGUUCUGAGUUUAGGUUUUAUCCUUGUAUACCCUUUUACAGGUUACUUACAAAAUACAAAAUUAUUAAAAAAUGA